AUGAUAUUUGAUUGUAAUCUAUUUUAACAUUUGAUCUAUGCGGCGAGAUAUGAGGGUGUUGAGCGUGAUAUCGUGUUCGCAAACUAUCAAUGGCGUCAACUAACCGAUGGUUUCCUACCGAACACUGGUCACUCAGAGCCGGAAGAUUCGCGUGAAAAUUCGCCGAAUCCCACUGACGAUACCACGCAGUCAACGUUGACCAGCAGUAGUGGCACAACGGACGGUCCGAGUACUCGAAGCGAUAGUACGAGCAGUAUCGACAGCAGCAGUAUUGACAGCAGCAUUGAAGGGCCGAAUCCACCGUUGGCUCAGGCUGAAGUCUCUUCACCGUCGUCUGCGAUUUCGUCUCCAGAUUCCGUUCCCGUACCAAAGCCAGUGCCUGAUGAUUCAGAUAUACUAGCAUCGAAAUCUAUGAAUUUCUUCGAAUUUUNCAAAUCGUACUGCUUUGCAGAACUUCUUUCGUUCAUCUACGAGGUCGUGCUUUGGGCAGCUGCAGUGCGCUCGGCUCUGUUAGCCACGUUGCAUAUGCCAAUUCCACAAAUGAAACGUCUGAUGAGAAAGGUGUCUGCAUCAUCGCCGUCACAACCAUUGAGUAAUGCAACGCAAAACGAUUCUUCGUCGUCAACGGAUCAAGAUGAAGUGAAUCCAGUAGAGGCGAUGCGAUACACGUGCACAGAUCUGUCGCGCUAUAUCGGUGAACUGUGGCAUGAAUGUCGUAUCAAACGACUGCCGGACAAUUUCAAAAUUGGGCACACAUCUCUCGAGCAAAUGCAUCAUUUUCUGACAGGUAAUGAACAGUUAUCGAUAAGCUAUCUACCGGCAGCUUCGUUGAGCAACUGGAUUAAAGUGAUAUCAAGAUGGAUACCGUUUAUAGCUCAUACACUGAAAAUGGAGGCGCUUGUAUGGCGUCGUUUCACUAUACUGGAGUUACCAACAAACUAUGAUGAUUUGUUCUCGCGGUUUUUUGGUCGUUCAUGUUUGAGUUGUGGUACGAUUCCACGGAAUCCAUUCAUCUGUUUGUUGUGCUCAGAGGUGGUUUGUUUGGACAGUUGUUGUGUGACAUCCACUGGAGGGAUGGUGCCUGAUAACGAAGUGGAACGGCACGCAAUACAAUGUGGAAGUGGAGUGGCGUGUUUCCUGUCGCUUAACACAUCACUGAUCGUGAUUGUGACGAGGCAUAAAGCCGCGCUCUGGGGAUCUGUUUAUUUGGACAUUCAUGGAGAGGAGGAUCGUAACUUAAGACGUGGUAAACCGCUAUUUCUAUCAGCACGGCGUUUCGCGAGGCUUCGUUCCGACUGGGUUCGUCAAUCGUUCGAGCAACAGUCGAUGAGUUUCUUCACCUUUGAUCAUUUACCAACAUUUUUGCGUGAUGCCCAUUAUGUACUUAGCUCAUAG